CAAGUCUAUAUUUUCACUCCUUCCAUUUCCACUAUCCCCUCCUAAAACCCCUCUCUCCUUCACAAAUCAUCACAAUGACCACCUCCUUCCUUCUUCUCCCCACCCAAUUCCUCCCUCCAAAACCCACAUUUUCCUCAUCCCCAUUUCUCUCUCCUCCACCCACAACCACACUCUCUCUCCUCUCCCCAAAACCCCUCUUUCCUCCCCUCAAAUUAAGGGACUUUCGGGUCUUUUCCGACGACGGUGAUGCCGAUGGAGGAGGUGAAGACUAUGAGAUGGACGAUGAGGAGGCAGAAGAAGUCGAUAAUAAAAAAGAUUUCGAUGUCGAAUACGAGCCACUUGGAGUUGUUCCUAUUGCUGGGAUGAAUGGGGAUGAGGUUAUUCAGGUGGUUCAGAGUAAGAAUUUUGUGUCUACUCAAGGGUGGGACUCUGAAUUGGUGGUUGAUUAUCGGAUUAAUGAGGAGGAGUUUCAUAAGAUUUCUUUGUAUGAAUGUGAUUUCUUUAUUAGAAAACCACCUGACCCUGAUAAUGAUGUCUAUGAUUUCAGAGAGAUGUAUGUUACACCACCAGAUACAGAUGUUUACGCAAUUCCUAAGGUUCUGGCUCCCAUGCCUGAUAAGUACAUAAGAUGUGCAAAGAGUGAUUUUGGAUGCUACAAUGUGACUGAACCACCUAUUGAUGCCCCUCGAGAUCCGAUGUAUAAAUCUGAGAGAGAAAUAUCGAAGGUUUUUCUUACAAAACAUUACAGAAAUCGAAGAUUAAACGACCCAGAAUUUGUUUUGGAUUUUGAGGAAAUAUAUGUUAUCGAUUCAAGAACAAAGUCUAUUACCCGUGGAAAAGUUUUGGUCACAGCUCCAGGAGGGAGAAAAAGGGACAGAAAGAACGAUUUGCUUGUCAUCCGUGAUAAUGGGAACUCUUUCAAGAUAAUUCAUGCAAGUCAAGGAGAUGAUCCAACCACCGUAAUAGAGAGGGAAGAGUGGACAAAAACUAGGCAAGACAUGGAGAAACAUUUGAGGAAGCUACGUGAUUUUAGCAUAUCGAAUUGGAUUUAGAAUCAGUUCCAUUGAUAAGGCAGGCAUCAUAUGUAAUUUUCUUCUGUAAUCACUAAAUGUAAAUCAUCGGGAAAUUAAGUAAACAGUCAUGUUGUGUUACCAAAUCUGAAUCCCAACCAAUCCAAGGGGAACCACUGGGCCCUUUCUUAGGAGUAUCA